CGGAAGCGCUUGAUACAAAACUGUUGACAUGCUUCUAAAAUCGUGUGAAAAACGAAUUAUAUUAGCAGACUUUAUCUGUUUGUUAUGCUCUACUCCGGUAUAAUGUGCAGAACUGGUGGUUUUGAGAAAUAAAUACUGACCGCCUGUUGUGGUACAGCUCAUAAAUGGGCAUUGAAAUACCAAACUAAAUUAGCACAAUAGCUAACCUGCUAACUAACUUCGGCAGUUAUGGCAUUGAUGGACAAAGAUUCUGCGGUUCUUCAGGGUGCUUUCCUCCUGGCUGAUAAACUGUCUCUCCCCUCCUCCCUGUCCUCCCUUCAGAAGGCUGACUGGAGCAGGGUGGGCCAUCUGGUCCUGGAAGCAGUGAGGGAAAUCUGUGGACAGGAAGAACUCGGUGUUCACCUCCCUGCAGCAGCUGUGAGCUGUAUAAAGAAAUUAGUUUGUGUUGUUUGGCUGAAGGUGUUCUGCAGGGAGGCUGUAACGGACGUAGAGCUGUCCUGGAGGGAGAACCCUUUCUUCCCCCUCCAGAACGGCCUCCCCGAAGUCAACUAUGUUGUCCUGCUGGAAGUGGUGAGGGCGUUAGCAGCUGCUCCGAUAUUUGCCCGUUUCCUCUUGCAUCUUCCCCAGUCUCAGAUCGCUACUGAGCUUGAAAGGUUGGUGCAACACGUGAGGAGCGGCCCCACUAGAGAGGAAGAUGUUCGAUUUCUCCUGGAGGUAUGGUGGGAACUGUGGAAAGGGCAAGAUGAGCAGAAAGAGGAAGGAGAGGAUAGCAUAGAGAAAAUGUUUGCCGGACAGUUUGCUCGGCUCUCGUCUAAAUCUUCCAGUCUUUCCCCUCAGGCUGCCAAGAGGCUCAAGCUAGACGCUUCAGAUCUACCUGCAUCACCGCCAACCGCUGAUGUCGUAAACAUCCUCCUUCAUGCACUUAAAGACAUAAAAGAUAAGAUAUCUAGAACAGAUCUCUGCCUCCAGGCUCUUUCCAUUGCUCUAGAUACUCUUUACACGGCAUUCCUAAUAGACGGAGCGGUCGGACUUCCUGCGAUAGAGAAGAUGCAUAUCCUGUCAAAAGUGGUCCGCAUCAGAGAACAGAAUGGCGAGAAACUGACUCCUGAACUUUUAAAGGAGGCUCUGAGAGACCUACAUGCGUCUCGCACACCAUCUCAGUUUGAACCCACCGGGAUAAAGCUUGGUGAAGCCUCGAAGAUUAUAACAGAUCUGGCUCAGUUCUGGCAAAGCAAUGGGCUUCUGGGCACCUCUGAAUCUAGCGGCUCAGCAUUUAAACUAGAACAAAGUGUCCAGAGAGUCCUGACGGCUCUACAGGAAGCCGAAGCGCCUGAAACUACGAAUGAAAUAGACCUUCAGAAGUCUGAGAAAAACAGCCUCAGAGGUUUCCUGGAGUCACUAUCUUUCUCCGCCGCAGAGAGCACCCCUGAGCUGAACGCCCGGAUUACAGCAGUCAUCAUCAAACACCGUCUGGACGACUACCAGACCUUCGCAGAGUUAUUUGCCAGUGAGAAGAGUUGGGCCGCCCAAGAUGAGCUCUGGUUCGACUGCCUGGAGAAGAACCAGGCAGCCUUCCAGCGGCAGGAAACGCUGAUCAAUCUGACCUCCACCAUCAUGAGUAAACUCUACAGUGAGGGCUCCAACGUGAGCCAGUGCAGGAAGCUGAUGAAAGUGGUCGUGGACAUUUUCUCAGCACUUUCACUAGAAGACAAGAACAAAGCGUUGGCUGCCAUGCUGAGACUGUCCAGCCGGGGCUUCUUUGGCGGCUCCGUCCCCUCCGCGGUGACCGUCGCGUUCGAACAGGAGCUUAACAUGGCCUUCAACUGCAUCAUCCAAGGGAGGGGCGGAGCGUCGGCAGCAGCGUCGCAGGCCAAUCUCAACACAGCAGUGUCUUUGGUAGCGAGAGUCGUGUUCCAGAACCCUGAAGCCGGUUUGAGGUCUUGUUGUCAUUCCGCUGUGUUCAAUAAAGGUGCUUUCACUCUGAUGGCCAAGAUCCUGCAGCAGCUGCCAGGACUCAGAGGACCGAGGGGAAGAGAAGAUGAACUACAAAACGAUGAAGACGCAAGCAAAAAGGCAGAAGAAGAAGAAGACACUCAGAGUGGGAGCGCUCUGCUCUGCAGGUGUCUACAGGAGAUGACGAAGACCAAAUCGUUGUCAGCCAAUGAGAGAGAGCAGCUGCUCAAGUUUCUGGGUCUGCUGAUGAUGCCUGUCAUGGCAGCUGAGGGAGAAGAAGAAAAGAUGGAAAGCUUUUUGACACCUCAGGAGGUCGUGAAUGUCUUCGUCCUGCCUAACCUCUCCACCACAG